CUGGUAUGUCUGUACAAUUCACGCAUAGUGUUUAUAAUCAGACCUAAUCCUUUAGUUCCUCUAGGAACUAAAGGAUACAAUAAUAAUAAUAAUAAUAAUUUACGACAUUUUCUCGUAUCUAGUGUUGGCAAGAUGGUUACAACUUACCAAUUACCUGAAGUUAAAUAUACUCAAUUAUUUAUCAAUAAUGAAUUUGUUGACAGUCUGUCGAAGAAAACAUUUCCAACCAUAAAUCCAACCAAUGAACAAGUGAUAUGUCAUGUUCAAGAAGCUGAUAAAAAUGAUGUUUACAAGGCAGUAGAAAGUGCUAAGAAAGCGUUUAAAUUAGGCUCCGCUUGGCGUACAAUGGAUGCUUCACAACGUGGUCUUCUACUCUAUAAGUUGGCAGAUCUGAUUGAGAAAAAUGCCGACUAUAUAUCUCGUUUAGAUGCAUUGGAUAAUGGAAAGGCAGUCGAAUCUGCCCUAGAUGAUGUUCUAUUCUCUGCACAAAUUGCUCGUUAUUAUGCUGGAUAUGCGGAUAAAAUACACGGGAAACAAUUACCAGUUGAUGGGAAUAUGAUCACAUUUACUCGUCGUGAACCACUUGGUGUUGUUGCAUGUAUAACCCCAUGGAAUUAUCCAUUCGCUCUGUGCGUGAUUAAAAUUACUCCAUGUCUUAGUGCUGGAUGUACAGUUGUGCUGAAACCAGCAGAACAAACACCAUUAUCGGCGUUGUAUUUAGCUGCAUUAACUAAAGAAGCAGGUUUUCCACCUGGUGUAGUCAAUGUUAUUUGUGGAUAUGGUGAAACCACAGGGGAAGCAUUGACUCAUCAUCCAGAUGUCAGAGCGAUUUCAUUCACAGGAAGUACUGAAGUCGGUCAAUUGAUAAUGAAAGCAGCAGCUACAAAUAUUAAACAUGUGAAGCUAGAACUUGGCGGCAAAUCACCGUUAAUUAUAUUUGCUGAUGCAGAUAUUGAUAAGGCUGCUGAAAUUGCCCAUGAGGCUACAAUGGUUAAUCAUGGACAAUGUUGUGUCGCUGGUACCCGAAUAUUUGUACAAGCUCCAAUUUAUGACCAAAUGAUUGAAAGACUUAAAAAGUUGGCAGAAAAUCGUAAAGUUGGUGAUCCAUUCAGCUCUGAUACUAUACAAGGUCCACAGGUUGAUGAUAUACAAUUCAAAAAAGUGAUGUCCUAUAUUGAAAAAGGCAAGCUAGAAGGUGCUCGAUUGAUUACCGGUGGUAAUCGUAUCGGUCAAAAAGGAUAUUUUAUUCAACCGACUGUAUUCGCUGAUGUUAAAGAUGAAAUGUGCAUCGCCAAAGAUGAAAUAUUUGGUCCAGUUCAGUGUAUUUUAAAAUUUGACACGCUGGAAGAAGUGAUUGAACGAGCGAAUGCUACACAUUAUGGAUUAGGCGGUGGUGUGGUUACCAGGGAUAUGGAUAAAGCGAUGAGAGUUGCUGAAGGCUUAGAAGCUGGAAGUGUUUGGAUUACAUCAUGAGGUGAUAUCGGUUAGAGAACCAUUGGUAAACCACUAGAGCGUACUGGAUAGCUAGCUGUCUCGUCCUAGUUUGUAAGUCUUCAUCAGUACGCACCCACUUCCAGGGUUUGGACACAGGACCUUGUGGUUACAAGACCAGUGAGCUCAUUGACCAUUAAACUCCUGGGUCCCGAUCUAAUGGUGAAUGAACUGUAAUUUCAUUGAUCUUUUUUAACGAAUCGAUAUUAUUUAUUGCUAUUGACGACUAUUCUAGAAUAUUCUAUGCAUGAUCAAUUGUUAUAAUACAGCUCAUCCACAAGCUCCAUUUGGUGGAUUUAAAAUGUCUGGUAUAGGACGUGAACUUGGGAAAGAAGCAAUCGACUGUUAUGUCCAAACAAAAGUCAUCUCGAUGCCUAUUUCGGUGAAGAAUUCUUGAGAACUGUCACUUCAUCACUGUGUGCGCUUCGUUCAUACACACACAAACACACAUGCACAUACACAGACAGACAUACGUCCAAUUGAAUUUGACUUCUUCUUCUUGCAUAACACGUAUCAUGUUAUAGUCUCUUACUCUCCUUUUUGUAUGAAUUCUUGAUCAUUAAUACACUAAUAAAAAUAAGUGUUUGAAAGAAAAAUUAUCGCUUUUUUUUAAUUGGUGUUAUGAUAACGAAUAAUCGAUAAUCCUUGAGCAAUAAAACGAGAUUAGAUGUAGUGUCUUUUAUCCAA